CAGCUGUUUGCAACCGCUGGCAAAGUAAGAGCACAGAAAGUAAGAGCUCUCCAUUUACAAGUACAUCGUCUUUUCAUCUGCCAACAACGUUGACAACACUAACCAAUUUUAUUCAAAACCUAACACUUUUACUAAAUCAUAUCAUCCCCAUAUUCCCCAUAUUCCCCAUACUGCGAUCAACCUCUUCCUUUCCGAUAAAUAUCCCCCCAAAGCUUCAUUUUACCAAGAUCAAGAUGGGUUCCGACCCUCAGUACGCGAAAUGGCCCGCUCUACCUCUAGCCCAACAUGUCUUCACCAUCACGAAUCCCUACGCAACAAAGCCCGCCCAGCAAGCUGCAAUUAAGAUCUUACAAGAUGGCAUCAACGAGCACAAGAUGGCCCCUCUGUACAAGUACCUUGCCCACCCAACAGAAGGUAUCCUGAACUCUACUGGCGAAGCAUCAGCUUCGGCGCCUACAAAGCCCACCGGACGGAAACCGAGCGCUGCUGGCAUGGUCGCUAGCAAAAAUAUCGGCGCAACACUACCAUGGGAUGAGCAGAUCUACAAUAAGCUCAAGGCCGAGAACGACAAGGAGCUUGAGGAGUUCCAGAAGGAGGAAGACGAAGCGGUCGAACAGGCUGGUGAGACGGAGAUUAUGGCUGCCAAGGGAAAGCGUGCCGACUUCUUCGCCAAGAUUGGAGAUAAGGACAAGGCGAUAACAACCUACGAGGACGUGUUCGAGAAGACAGGCAUCCUCGGUACCAAGAUCGAUCUCGUCCUGGCCAUAAUCCGCAUGGGUCUCUUCUACGGCGAUAAGGCGCUCGUGAAGAAGCAUGUCGCCCGUGCCAAGACCCUCGUUGAUAGUGGUGGUGACUGGGACCGUCGCAACCGCCUGAAGGCCUACGAAGGUUUACACCUGCUCACAGUCCGCUCCUAUAACCUUGCCGCACCCCUCCUGCUUGACUCCUUAUCCACCUUCACCAGCUACGAACUCUGCACCUAUUCCAAUCUAGUCGUCUAUGCUGUUCUCGCCGGCUCUGUGUCCCUUAAGCGGGUUGAUUUCAAGAGCAAGGUCGUUGACGCCCCCGAGAUCAAGGCCAUUCUUGGCGCUGAUGGCGACGACAAGCUGCUUGCCUUGUCCGGCGCCAUCUCUGCCGGCCCCGGGGCGGAAGACGCUGAUAUGCGCGACGUCUCUGCCAAGGAUGGUGCGAGCGCUUUGGCGCACGGCAAGAACACUGCUGUUGUCAACCUGACUACGUUAGGGACCGGGACUGACCAGCCUGAGGCGGAGAUGGCCGUCGACUUCUCGCCGCUAGCCCAGCUCGUCAACAGUCUGUACACGGGCCGCUACAAGCUAUUCUUCCAGGCCCUCGCUCUUGUCGAGGAGCAAUUCCUCACCCAAGACCGUUAUCUCCACGAGCACAAGAGCUGGUUUAUUCGCGAGAUGCGUCUCCGCGCCUACCAGCAACUGCUACAAAGCUACCGGGUUGUGGGUCUUGAGAGCAUGGCCAACGAUUUCGGUGUCACAGUCGACUUCUUAGACCGUGACCUAGCCAAGUUCAUCGCAGGCGGCCGCAUCCCAUGCACCAUCGACCGCGUCACGGGCAAGGGCGUCAUCGAGACCAACCGCCCCGACGACAAGAAUAAGCAGUACCAGGACGUCGUCAAGCAGGGCGAUCAACUCAUCACCAAACUCCAGAAGUACGGGCAAUCGGUACGGCUACGCGGCAGCGAACGGGCAUAGUAGCGCUCGGCUGCGCGGGUUUGCUGGUACGAUGAAGUAGUAGGGCUGAGGAUGAAAGGGGAGGGCGACGACGAUGAGUUAUGUUAUUGUCGCUUGCUAUAAGAAAAUAUUAACCUAGCUAGCUACUUUACUUAAUGUACCAAUACCACGAACCAUUGAGAAGAAGAAAAAAAAUGAGAUGAGAAAGUAUAUCGUAUAUGAUGUCGAGUGAAGAGAUGAGAUGAAAUGUGAUGAGAUUUUGUGACAUUGAUGAUGAGUGUGUGAAUGUUCUGGGCAUUUAUUUAUUGAUUGGUUUUGCCGAUUGGAUAUAAUACCUACCUACUACCUAUGUGGUAUGUACCUAGUAUAAAUGGGAACCCCUAUCCUCAAAG